CACCAGGCGAUCUGCGUUCUCACUUACCUGUACCUGUCGCCCGACCUCGAAAUAAUUGGUUCGCGCAGUAUUUGCGCACUCAGUUCCAUCGACAAACCGACGGCGCAGUGGCAGCACAAAAUAAUUGCUGCUCAAUGUUUACAAAAUUUAAAAAUUUUUCCUGUGUCACCUAUUUCCACGUAGUAUUCACUUGUCUCGUGUAUUCUUGCCGUAGUCAGCAUUGUAGUCAAGAAGAAGACUGCCCUCAAAAGCAGCUCUUUAUCUUUUUGAAAACCACCAGCAAGAAGCAGAGGCACAACUUGGAAAUUCCUAGUGGAAAACCUGCUGCCUCCAGGGGCUGUUUCAGAUUCAUACGUUGCGGGUGAGAUGGAGGCGCGCUCUUGGUCCUAC